AUGGUGAUGUCCUCCUCUAGAGUCGUUUCGCUCAAUUCUUCAGUCGCAAGUACCGCCUCUAGGGUGAGGAAGCGACGACCGUCGGUGCUGGGUGGCGGCUUCUCUACGGCCGGAUCAUGUGCAUCAUCGUCCCCAAAAAGCAUCCAAGGUUCCUGGAUCGAGGACGACACAGACCCGAAGGCUGGACCCUGCUGGCAGCAGCGAGAUGCCGGUCGUGUGGGCCACCCUGCAAUAAGGAGAGGAUCAAGAUCAGACGGCCACGACGACGACGACGACGACGACCGCGACGAAGAGGAGGAGGAGGACCACGACAACAAUACCGAAAGCACCGAGAUCACUGUGGUCGGGUGGGGAGAUCGCAGCAGCAGACGUAACUCGUCACGGCGUGCCUCUCGAGAAGAGACGGCAGAAUGGAACGAUGGCCGACCGCGAAGGUUGUCUAGCAAGGGCGUGGUGCUUGCUACAGCUACCGCCACUGCGAACUCGCAGCAGCGACAGCAGCAGCAGUAUGACGGCACAGCAAACGAGACCCACCAAGUGGAAGCUGGUGUGCGCAACAAAGACAAAACUCUCGGAGGAGCGGCAACCAGCAUCGGGACUGCCAUUGCGUACGUCGGCAGCGGCAGUGACGACGGAUCGGGGGUGUCGAUCAGUGUGGAGCGCGCCACUGAAAUCGCCACAAUCCCGACGAUCACGCCUCCCCCCUUCCAGGGAGGGCAACAAGCCGCCGCCGCCGCCGCAACAAGCAUACCCAGCGUCGCACAACCGUCUCCCGCUGGUGAAACACCCGAAAUCGGAACCCAAUCACCGGCGUCACAGUCAGCGGGGGAGGGGGCAUCAGCCAAGUCUGGAAUGACGCCGACCAGGAUGGGUCUGGCCGCAUCGGCGCCGAACCUGCCAACCCUCGGCUCGAUGAACAACGAAAGCGAUCAACAUAGCAGCAGAAGCGGCUCUCGAUUUCCGCAGGUGUUGCCACGGCAACGGUGGUGUCAGGAAGGGCGGGGUGCUUCUGUGAGACACCGGGCAGGGCUUGCGGUCGCGGCGGGAGGAGGGCUGGGGGGAUGCGGCGUCCUCCCGGACGGAGGGGGGCAAAAAGUGUUCCACAACUUCGUGUUCCGCCGCAACAAGCGCCGCAAAGACCGGAAACCGUUGCGCGCCACCCUGGCGUCUCUCGACGACAACGCAACGGACUACCAAGCGGCGUAUUCGGCGGGAGGCACGAGAGGAAGAAGGGCUGCGGGUUGGAGACCCGAGCGCCCGGGGCAGAUGAAUCGAACGUGCCCGCCCCCGCGGACGCCGAGCGACGCCUUCUCCGUCGUAAGCUUCAGUUCUUCUGGUUCCGCUCUCUCUCCCCGUUCUUCGCCGCCGGCGAAUGGCCAGCGGGCCGGCGGUGGCACGUGCUCCAGCGGUGUAGGGAGGAGGCCUGUGAAGUGCCAGAGGUGCGGGUCGGGCAGGGUGAAACUCUUUGCGACGACGGUUGUAUCAGCCCGCCGCUCGCCGACCCACCUUCUUCGUCAACCGCCUAGGGGUGCCAGCAGCGACAGUUAUUGUGCAAGGGCCGGACAUACGCGGGAGAACGCUGGCGGCGGCGGUAGUCGAAACGGCGGCACCCCGAGUUAUAGCGUUGCCGGUAGUGGUAGUAGCACGAGCUGCACAGAUCGGCUUCGGUUAGCACCGGUGAGCAAUCGCCACACGCAGCGGGGAAACGCCCGUAAGGUUACGUCGAUGUUGUCUCCACGGCGCAAGAACCUCGCGGGGUUGAGCGACACCGGCCGAAUCAGCACGGGAGGGGUAUCACUUGCGGAGCUCCGCGGAGGCGAGAGGAACGCGGCGAACCGUCCGCGCGGGUUGAUGGAUGGUGCGGCGGUGGUGGGCAGCAGGAAGGCAUCGGUCAGACCACCGCCCGGCGGCGGUAUCAUCAUCCCAGCACCGAAACCACACCUCAGGACGCCGGUCUCGAGCGGAGGAUCAGGGCUCUGA